AUGGCGCGCCUCCAGCGUUCCCCGGCGAUCGCCAAGACCUUGCCCAUCGAGGCUCGGGCCGACUGCGGCGCUGCCCCGUGGCCUGGCGGCUCGGUGCCCGGGGCGGCGAGGAACAUGGACCUGACGACGGCCGGCAGGCGAGCCGUCCCCGCCGGUUCGCCGCCGGGCAGCAGUGGGAACGCCAGUGGCCAGGAGGAGGUGCUGCCGGCCCGGCAGGUCGUGGAGGCGGCCCGGCUGUCGAAGCACGGCGCGCAGCAAACCAGGCGGCCAGGCCGUACAGACCGAGCUCAGCCGACGAGCCACAUGAAGCCCGCGGUGGUCAUCUCCGCCGACCUCGAGGCGGCGCGGGGCACCGCGCUCCGCGGGGGCGGCCUGAGCGGGUGCACCACAGUCAGGCUGAAGAACGUGGAGCCGUCGCUCAUGCCAGGCAUGGCCAUCGCCGCGCUCAACGCCAACGGGUUCAAGGGCACGUUCGACUUCGUGCACGUGCCCACUGACGUGAAGAGGAGGAGGAACAGGGGCAUGCUCUUCAUCAAUUUUGUCGAGCCCGCGGCAGCGAAUGCGAUGUACCAGUCCUUCCACCACCAGACGAUUCCUGGAGUCAGCCCGGCGGGCAAGGCGCUGGAGAUCACGCCAGCAUACGUUCAGGGCUUUCAGGAGAACUUCGACCGGCAUGCAAAGUCCGAGGCAGUCGCAGGGUGUGCGCUGACUAGGGUGGACUCCCAGCUGCGUACAUGUCUGCUCCACUACACGCCGAAGGGCGUCAUUGUCACAUACGUCAGCCUGCUGGCCCCGAGAUGGCUGGCGGACUGUUUUCGGAAUUUCAGCAUCUCGCGCCCAUCUUUGGCAAGUUUUCAGCUGUUGCCUCAGGUGGGCGCGAUGUGCGCGGCGACACUCGGCGACGACGCGCUGGAGCACCUCGCCGUCGGGACGGCCCUGGUGCGCGCGGACGAGCCCGAGCCGUCGACGGGGCGCGUGCGCCUGUACGCGGGCCGCGCGGGGUCCCUCACGCUGGCGGGCCUGCUCGAGGUGCCCGGCGCCGUGUACGCGCUGCUCCCCUUCCAGGGCAUGCUGCUGGGCUCCGUCAACAACCGCGUCGUCCUGUGGCGGCGGGUCUCCGCGCCGGCGUCCGCCACGGGGCCCGCGCUGGAGCUGCGGGAGGUGUGCGCGCACACCGGCAGCAUCAUGGCGCUGCACCUCCAGGCGAUGGGGGACCGCAUCCUGGUCGGCGACCUGAUGCAGUCGGCGAAGCUGCUGCGCUACGACCCCGUGGCGGCGUCCCUGGUGGAGGUGGCCCAGGACGCCAGCACGUCCUGGCUCACCGCCGUGGAGAUGCUCAGCGAGGACGUCUUCCUGUGCGCGGACGACCAUCGCAGACAUCUGGCGGCUGGCUCUUCUCGAGGCGUGGCCCCUCCGAGGCCUCGGCCCGUGCCCACGGGGGCGGGUUUGUGCCUCGAGAGCAGGCUCGAAGGCUCCACAUCCGGGUGA